UCCCUAAAGUAUAGUCGGGGAUUUUGAGGUCUUCUAUAGACUAUAGGUUACUCCUCGUAUAGUCGUGUAUCUUAAUCCGAUUAGAAUUAGGAAAUUCGGAAUUUGUAUUAUAUAUAUAAUACUUAUAUUAAUUACCCCAACUCCUCUCACAGUCUAACCCUUCCAUCAUCUCCUCGUCAAUCUCUGAGUUUCUCGCUCUAGCUUUCUCUCUCACUUUUCCAGAAUGGGAGAUUUGGUGCGACCGUUUGUUGAUGAGACGCAAAAUACAAAUAAGAAGGCGCCCUUCUGGAUAAAGUUGAUAUGGUUUGUUAUGAUGUUGUUAGUAUUAAUUGGGUUGCGCCGCAUUCGUCCCACUAGUGUCCCCAUGGCUUUCAUUGUCUUCUUCCCCACUAGUGUACUUCGGAAAUAUGCACAGAAGUGGUUGGGAAUUCUGAUAGCUGUUGGUAUAGUUGUAGCAUGGGUUCUCUGUGAGAUUUAUGGAAGUGUUGACGAGGUCGGUGUUGGCAACGCAAUUCUUAACGUUGUUAUAAUGUGCAGUUGUGGAAUCAUUGUCAUCUUCCUGAAAAAAUUUGAAAAGAGAUACGGUCUACAAUAUAAAGGAACCUCUUUGCUUAAAACUGUUUAUUGGAUCUGUUUACAUCUCGUCGGUGUACUUGUCGGAGUCUUCCUAGUCCGUCUAGUCUAUCGAGAUGGAAUUGCCGCAACCGCUAACUUGGUCGUCAAAGCAUUCACGAGGCCAAAAAAUCCAAGUCUCUUGCUUUUUAUUUUGUCGUUGGUGUUAUUUUUAAAUUUCUUAAAGAAAUCAGUGAAAAAGAAACUAAUGUAACUAGGAAAAUUUCGCUUCUCCCUAUUGCAUAGACGUUUAUCUUUUGGAUUGUAAUAAGGUAUAUAACUAAAGCUUAAUAUUAAUAUAUUAGGGUGGAUGCCCAUUAUACCCUUA